ACACGACGCCACACCAAAGAUGGCCGAAAAGAAAGGCCAAGAAAUGUGCCCUGCGAAGUGCCUGUAGGUUAUGUCGAGAUAAACAAAUUGAGGUCCUCUUUCUUUAGCGAGCUAGCUAGCGGAAUGCUAUCGUUCAGGUAUUCAUAUAUACGGUAACGGAUAAGGAAAUCUCUCAAUCUAUUGAUUUAUGUCAGGGGAACUAACUUGGUCGAAUUAUUAGCACGAAAGCAUCGUCAGCUUUAGCUAGUUUUGAUAGUAAAGAAAAUAGGCGACCGAGCCACGGACCAAGCUCAUUGUUUUUAGCCACCCCCUAGCUAAUUUUAACUAGCUAACGUUAGCGUUAACAAACACCAACAAGCGAACGCCAUCUAGCCAGUAUCAAUUUGAUUUUAAGGUAAGCAACUAACCAAUGACCUGUAAACGAACUUUAAUACAUUAGCUAGCUAGGCUUACAGGUGGGUGGAUGUAAGUUGGUUGGCUAGUUUGAUGAUUUGUUUGCUAAUUAGACUGCUAGCUGCGUAGCUAGCCAGCUACUGACAAUACCAAUAACCAGAGCCAUAUGUAAGGGUUAAUCAACGAGGGGCUAUGCGUUCUAUGGAAAAUAAUGAACUAGCGCGUCGUGUAACACACCUUCCACGGAGUUGCAUUAUUUUCCAGAGAACGCAUAGAGCCCCUAGUUGAUUGUCCCUUUUAUACCAUGGCUAUAAAUUAACACAUUAGCUGCUAGAAAUGUGUUCAUUUGCAGGUAGAAAUGUGUUCAACACCACUGAAGUAGUUAGCAAGUUUACUACAUAGCUACAGUAGUUGCCUUGGUAACUUUACAAACAGAUUUGCUAGUUUAGCUAACCUAACCAUCAGUCCUAGCUUGCUAAUAUGAAAAUCGAAUUCAACAAUGCCAAUAAUGUUUUAAAUUCGACUUUUGCGUUCAAAAGCAGCUCAAACAUAGAAGGUGUAAGAUUGAAAUAGCCAUUUAAUUCUACCAUGCAUUUUAGGGAAAUAAUGCACACCCCUCAAGCCAAUCAGAAACGAGUAUUCAACAAUGCCAUGGUAUACAUUUAGUUAUAAAGUGGGUGGUUCGAGCCCUGAAUGUUGAUUGGCUGAAAGACGUGAUAUAUCAGACUGUAUACCAUAUGUAUGACAAAUUACUAUUUAGUGGUCUAAUUAUGUUGGUAACCAGUUUAUAAUAGCAAUAAGGCACCUCGGGGGUUUGUGGUAUAUGUCCAAUGCACCAUCCACUUAAUUGCUAUCCAAAAUUAAUGAGGGAAAAUCUUUAUAGCUAGCUAGUGAAUAGGUUAAUUAGCUUUCAAGUUAAGAGACCUGGCCGUGUGGUGCCAGGACAACAACCUCUUCCUCAACGUGAUUAAGACAAAGGAGAUGAUUGUGGACUACAGGAAAAAGAAGAGGACCGAGCACGUCCCCAUUCUCAUCGAUGGGGCUGUAGUGGAGCAGGUUGAGAGCUUCAAGUUCCUUGGUGUCCACAUCACCAACAAACUAACAUGGUCCAAGCACACCAAGACAGUCGUGAAGAGUGCACGACAAAACCUAUUCCCCCUAAGGAGACUGAAAAUAUUUGGCAUGGGUCUUCAGAUCCUCAAAAGGUUCUACAGCUGCACAAUCGAGAGUACCCUGACUGGUUGCAUCACUGCCUGGUAUGGCAACUGCUCGGCUUCCGACCACAAGGCACUACAGAGGGUAGUGCGUAUGGAGCAGUACAUCACUGGGGCCAAGCUGACUUCCUGCCAUCCAGGACCUCUAUACCAGGCGGUGUCAGAGGAAGGCCCUAAAAAUGGUCAAAGACUCCAGCCACCCUAGUGAUAGACUGUACUCUCUGCUACCGCACGGCAAGUCUAGGUCCAAGAAGCUUCUAAACAGCUUCUACCCCCAAGCCAUAAGACUCCUGAACAUCUAAUGAAAUGGCUACCCAGACUAUUUGCAUUGCCCCCCACCCCUCUUUUACGCUGCUGCUACUCUCUGUUUAUUUUCUAUGCAUAGUCACUAUAAUAACUCUACCCACAUGUACAUAUUACCUCAAUUACGUCGACUAACCGGUGCCCCCGCAUAUUGACUCAGUACCGGUACCCCCUGUAUAUAGCCUCGCUAUUGUUAUUUUACUACUGCUCUUUAAUUAUUUGUUACUUUUAUUUCUUUUUUUUUUGUUUAAUGUUUUUUUUUGUAUUUGUUUUGGUAUUCUUUCUUAAAAUUGCAUUGUUGGUUAAGGGCUUGUAAGUAAGCAUUUCACUGUAAGGUCUACACCUGUUGUAUUUGGCGCAUGUGACAAAUACAAUUUGAUUUGAACUUCAUGUCAUAAGAAUUUUUCAUGAGUAAUAUGGCAAGUCAAAAUUGUACACUUACAUUUUAGUCAUUUUUCAGAUGCUCUUAUCCACAGCAAUUGAGGUUAAGCGUCUUGCUCAAGGGCACAUUGACAGAUUUUUCGCCUAGUCGGCUCAGGGAUUUGAACCAGUAGCCUUUUGGCUACUAUCCCAAGGCUCUUAACCACUAGACUACUGGCUGGGCUGGGCCCUUUCUAAAUGUAAUCUGUGAUUUACUAGUUUCCUGUCCAAAAUUGUAAUCAGUAACGGAACUUUUGGAUUACCCAGACUCAGUAAUAUAAUCUGAUUACUUUCAGUUUCUUUUGGAUUACUUUCCCCUUAAGAGGCAUUAGAAGAAGACAAACACAUUUGGUGUGUCAUCAUACACAUUUGGUGUGUCAUCAUAGUGGUCUCUGAUUUGUGUUCAGACUCGUUCAGGUGGAACAAACUUAAACUGAAUUGAAUGUCAUUGAGAAAACAAAGGAGUCAUAAUAAAUAAAAAAUCCGCAAAUAUCCUUUCUGAAUUUAAAAGUAAUCCAUCUAGUUUUUUUAAAAGUGUCUGUAAUCUGAUUACAAUAUUUUUAGCUUGUAAUGUAACUGAUUACAGUGAGGUGUUGUGUAAUCAUUUUACAUGUAACUGAUUACAUGUUAUCAGUUAGUCCCCAACCCUUAACCCAACUAUAGUAUAUCAUGGACAUUUCUAAUAACAAUGUUAGUUAGCAAAACCACUAGAGAACAAGGAUGCGUAGCUACCUAGCCAUGUUAAUUGAGUGUUUUUCUGUCUCCCCACAGGACUGUGUUAAUGAGUAGAAAUGUCUGGUAUCGCUCUUAGCAGACUGUCACAGGAGCGCAAAGCAUGGAGGAAAGACCACCCAUUUGUGAGUAGCUACCAUACAAACAAUGAAUAUAAACUUGUUCUGAUGAUUUGGGGAAGGCAAGCUUGUUCCUCAAACCUCAUUCCCUCCCUCUCUCUCUCAGGGUUUUGUUGCUGUGCCUACCAAAAAUCCUGAUGGCACUAUGAACCUCAUGAACUGGGAAUGUGCCAUUCCAGGGAAGAAGGGGGUAUGUCAACUUUCACGAUCUGUAGUUUUUAUUCUAAGACCCAACAACCACUACCAGUCAGUCAGAAUGAGUAAACGGAUAUCAUAGUGUUUCUUAUAGUACAUCAAAAAAUGGCCAACACAAGUACAAAUGCAAACUGAUGUGUUCGGAGGUAAAGGUGGUUUUUAUAGUGUGUUUGCACUCCCACGUGAGCUGUAACAUUUAAUGAAUGUAUUAACUAUGUUCUUCAAUUCUCUAGACACUGUGGGAGGGAGGCCAAUACAAACUCCGAAUGCUGUUCAAAGAUGACUAUCCUUCCUCGCCGCCAAAAUGUGAGUAAACCUGCACAUGGGCACCUCAAUAGGAAAGUGUUGUCACUGUCUGAUCUAUUUCCAUUUGUUGGCUGUUGGAUAAUAUCGAUGUGCAGUAGGGAUGUGACAAAUGGACAAUUUUUCUUAACAUUUAAAAUUCCACAUGAAUUCAGAUGGUCUACAUGGCGCUUCCCGCAGGGGGAGAGAAAGGAAGUUGUAUCAUGCUGCUCUUGCUUUCAGGAGAGUGAUGGUUGUUGUUGUCGACCACUUACAAGUCAUCAAACCGGCAUUAGGCUAUAGUAAUAGAACUAGAGCCUCCGUGUGGCAAGUUAUUAGGAGAUAUCUAGGCUAAUCAGUGGAAGAUGGAAUUAAAAUGACAGAACUAAAAGUUAAAAGAGAAGGACAGACUACAACACCAAGAGCCAACAGGUAGGUUGCUACUUAAUAAUGUCAAUAGAGUUGGAAGGGGAGAAAGCACAGUUAUAAAGUCUCAAUUAGCCUAGCUAACGUUAGCUAGCUAGCAGGCUUAACUAGUUUCUCUCAUUUUGAUGCAGUCAAGAUAGGUACUAUGUAAUCAGAUGAGAUGAUAAAUAACUAGCAAUAAGUUAGUUUACCAGCGCGAGUCGACUUGGUUGCUAUCUCUCUCCCCUCCCUGUUCCCCUCGUCACUCAGACUCACACCGCAUGGCCCCUCCCCGCUGCUUACUUGAGCUGCUACUCUCAUACAGUCAUUGAUUACAGCUCCGGUUAAUUACAGCUCCAGUCAAUAAAGUAGCUUAAAAAUGGUUCCAGCAUUGUUAAUUUAGGUAUUUCUUUAAUUGUUAUUAUUUCCUUUAUGAGGAUGAUCGGGACCUAUUAUUGGUCGUUUUGUGACGGUUAGGGAUUUUUUUCUUAACUUUACCAAUCCCAAUUUUAUUUAAACAUUUUAACACCCCUAAUGUGCAGUGUUUUGUUCCAAGUCAUUUUUUAUAUCGAUGAUAAGGAAGUCAACACAAAUCAUCUAUUCUAUUUCCUCUCAGGCAAGUUUGAGCCGCCCAUUUUCCACCCCAAUGUCUACCCAUCUGGCACGGUGUGUCUUUCCAUCUUGGAGGAGGAGAAGGACUGGAGGCCAGCUAUCACCAUCAAACAGGCACAUAUAUACACAUAUACACACAAAUACAUAAACAAUUGGAGAGGCAUCAGUGAUUUCACCGGUUUAGAGGAAUGCACGACAUUGGCUCAACAGGCAUCAAAUUACUGUAUUUUUUAUGUGGAUCAAAGCAUGGUACUCCCUGGUUGAGUGAUUGUGUUCUGAUCUGCAUUGUUUUGCAUUUCAAUUCAUUCUAAAAGCUGACUUCAUCUGUUUUGUAUUCACAGAUCCUGUUGGGUAUCCAAGAGCUUCUCAAUGAACCCAACAUCCAAGACCCAGCACAAGCAGAAGCCUACACAAUUUACUGGUGAGUUUCGGUUGAGAGAUACUUUUUUCUCUUUUUGAAUGUUCUACUGUAUAAUUUAUACUGGUAAAGGGGCUCUUAAUGUGCUUUAUAAGACACUUGCAAACAUACACAAUCUCACUUUGUUAAACUGAAAGUAUAGCCUUGUUAGGUGAUACUGUGGUCCUCUGUAGCUCAGCUGGUAGAGCACGGCGCUUGUAACACCAAGGUAGUGGGUUCGAUCCCCGGGACCACCCAUACACAAAAAAAUGUAUGCACACAUGUCUGUAAGUCGCUUUGGAUAAAAGCGUCUGCUAAAUGGCAUAUUAUUAUUAUACUCUAUUUCAUAAUGGACUAAUCCCACUUUGUUGCCUCUUUUAGUCAGAACAGAAUGGACUAUGAGAAGAGGGUGAGGGCGCAGGCCAAGAAGUUUGCCCCCACAUAAAGCUCAGCUGACCAUCUGCCUGAGAAGCCUGAUACAACACCUGGGUACUGAACAGCAAGCAGCACUUAGAGGACCAAUCCAAUGAUCAAUCUACAAUUUGAUGUUCUUCUUUACAUGAGAAAAAUGUAAUUUGGCCUACAUGAGAGCCGUUUUAAAACAAAACAAAAAUCAUAUUUUUGUCCAAAUGUCUUUUUUUUUUGCCUACUUCACUUUUAAAACAUGCCUAAAUCACAUGCCUAAAACACUUUCAUAUAAUUUAAUAAGACACCAUUUGCAUUUCUGAUCUGUAAAUCAGGAUGCUACUUUGCCUGAUAUUUAGUCUUAUCAAAUAGCCAUAAGGUUUAAUAACAAAUAAUUUCACAUUGCAGUGUAUGGUACAUUAUUUUGAAACUGAAUCUGUACUUAAAUAAAUAAUCAAAAAAACAAACAGAAAAUCAACAAAACGGAAGUGAGCCUUAUUUUUCCAAAUGUCUGGUCACAUUGAAUUUAAUUGUAGAUUUGAUUGGGAUGCCCCUUUAAGAAGAUGGAUGUCAGAGCUGAGAAUGUGCUGCAUAGAGAGCUGAAGAGGUUUACCUCCAAAGACUUGAGUGUAUGUACAUAAUAUAAAUAUUUAGGUCCAUAUGGAUCUUAUGUUAUUUUCUAUUGUUUUAGCAAGUUGAUAUUGUGUGUGGUAUUAAAAGUAAUGAACACAUUUUAAAUGUAAGAAUUGUGAAAUAAAGUUAAUUGAAUGGAAAAUACAAAA